AUGUCUUCUACCAAUCCAAAAGCUGUGACUUCCGAGACCAAAGCUAAAACCGGUAACGAUCCUUCGACUCACCAAGGAGGAGAUUCAUCAGCCACUUCGCAAGAUCCAAACAUAUCCAAAACGGUAAGCACUGAAAAUAAUCUAAAUCAAACCAAUAAGGAGGCGGAGGAAGACUGUGAAGAGUGUUCGCUUCGUCGGUUUAUAAAAGAAGGCGAGUGCAAGGAUAUAUUCAUAGAAGUUGAUAACUGUGUGGACGAUGAAGAUGACGUCAACAAAUGUCGAGAUGCAAGUAUGAAGCUUAUGACAUGCAUGUUUACCAACAGCGAUUACUAUGGACCGUAUCUUGUCGCUCAGAAAAAGGCGUUAACGCAGGCCUAUAAGACGGCGUUAGAGGAGUUGGAAAUCGCCGAGGAGGCUAUGGCUGUGGCGAAGAAGAAGAAGGAAGCAGAAGAAACUGAGGAAAAUUGA